AUGCUUAACAGCGCCAGAGUCGCCAGACCAGCACUCUCGGCUGCUCAUACUUUGAGAAUGCCCUCUAUGGUUCCAGUGGCAACAAAGAGAAUGUACCACGAAAAGGUGCUCGAUCAUUAUGCCAACCCAAGAAACGUUGGUGUUUUGAACAAGAGCGACGUUGACGUCGGUACCGGUCUUGUUGGCGCCCCAGCCUGUGGUGAUGUGAUGAGAUUGCAAAUCAAGGUUGACGAGGACACUGGAGUUAUUCAGGAUGUCAAGUUUAAGACUUUCGGCUGUGGUUCUGCUAUUGCAUCUUCCUCUUACGUGACCGAGCUCGUCAAGGGUAAGACCCUCGAGGAAGCCAUGCUCAUCAAGAACACUGCCAUUGCCAAGGAGUUGUCUUUGCCUCCAGUCAAGUUGCACUGCUCUAUGUUGGCCGAAGACGCCAUCAAGUCCGCUGUGAAGGACUAUAAGUCCAAGAGAACCAGCGCUGUGAAGGAGCCAACCUUGGGCCCCGCCACUGCUUAA